AUGCUAUUUAUUUUUAGUAAAUUAUUUGAGAAGGACGAUUUUGGUACAGGUGGUGUUUCAGAUCAGGAAUGCCAAACAAAUUCCGAGGACGACGAAGAAAAGAAGGAAACAUCUAGUGAUAUCUUAGAAAAAUCAAGCCAGCAAUCAAAGGAAGAUCCUUCAGAAAGCCAAAAUGAAUCUGAUGGUAUUGGUAGUUUUGGAGAUGAAUUGGAAGGAUGGGAAGUUUCGACAUCUUGUAAGGAUAAUCCAUCUGGAACAUGUCUUUAUCUUUUUGGACGAACUGGACGAGAGAAAGAAGACUGGUUUAGAAGAUUUAAGAAAGCUACUGAAUUAAAUCAGGAAAGGUAUUUGAAAGACUUAACUGAAAAUAACAACAGCAAAGGCGAUUUUCAAGAAACUGAAGCAGAAUUGGACUUCUCAAAAUAUAUGUCCAGAUAUCAGUUGAAUCGACAUCAUUCUGAUGAUCAACUACAAGCUUCAAGUGAUAAAUUAAAGACUUCUAAAGAAAAGCAAAAUAAAGACGAGGAUGAAGACGAAAAUAAAGAUAUUUCUUUCAUCUUUCCAUUAAACAAUAAUCUGUUAUGGUUCAAUGUACUUAUUGGUCGUAUGAUGUAUGACGUAUUAACUUAUGAUCAGGUGUCUGAAUCUUUAAAACUUUUUAUACAAAGAAAAUUGAGUGGUAUAAGGCUACCAUAUUUCAUUGAAGAACUUGCUCUGAAAGAUUUGUACUUAGGAAGCGAAGCUCCAGUUUUUCAACAAGUAAAAGAGCCCUACACUGACGAAAGAGGCUUAUGGAUAGACUUAGAUGUUUCUUACGAAGGCUGCUUUAGUAUGUAUGUUUAUACAAAAUUAAAUCUAAUGAAAUUAAAACAGCCCCCGUCAUCCAUAGAUAAACAGUAUGAGAAAGAAUGUUCAGCUAUUUAUAAUUCUGAAAUAGAAGAUUCUGCAGAGACCAGUUCAGACGAUGAUUCAGUUUAUUUAAUGAGUCAAGAUCAAAAUUCAAGCAUAGAAUAUUCCUCAACUCCAACAGGGACGAGUGGAUCUUCUGGGAAUACUGGCAAAAAAAUUAUGAAAAUGGUCGAUAAAAUUGCAGAGUCAAAGUUUUUCCAGAAAGCCACAGAAAAUAAAUAUGUCAAGAAAGCAAUGGAAGGUGUGUCAAAUACCGAUUUUGGUAUAAAGGUAGAGGUGAAACAUCUUUUUGGUGUUUUGGCUGUGAAUAUUCCCCCUCCACCAAGUGAUAGAUUGUGGUAUGGUUUUCGACCAGUUCCCACUUUAUCUUUGUCAGCCCAUCCCAUCGUGGGUGAAAAAAAUAUAACAUUUAUUCAUGUUAAGAACUGGAUUGAGAAGAAGCUUGUGCUUGAAUUUCAGGUAAGCAUUUUUUGA